AUUUUGAAAACUUGAAACCCCACGACACCAAGCCACAAAGCCUCUCUCAAGUCUCAAGUCUCAACUCCCUUUUCUCUCUCUAAGCAUGGCCAAACUACCUCUAAGUUUAGCGUCAACUAGACCUUACAAAACCAAAGACUAUUCUCAACAACCAAAUGGGAUCUCCUUCUGGGCCUUUCUGGUGUCCAUUUUCAUUUACAUUUCUAUUUUCUAUGUCUUCAACCUCUCUCCUUCCACUCUCUUUACCACUCCCAGGUUCUGGUUCUUCAUUUCCAACACCCUCAUCCUUAUCAUAGCAGCGGAUUCCGGCGCUUUCUCCUCCUCCCCAAAAGAAAACCACCAAGAUUUCUAUGAUGAAUACUUGGCAAAUAGUCGAGCAAGGAACUCUCCAUCCGUUGAGGUCGUCGUUGAGAAAAGCAUUACACCAGUACAGGAGGUUGAGAAUUUGGUAGAGAACAAGGUGGUUGUCCAUGAAACUAAAUUAGAACUAAAAAAUGAUCUUGAAAAGCCUAGUGAAUCCACCCCAGAAGAUACCAGUGAAGCUUACCAUGACAAGAAGAUCGAAGCAAGAACAAUUCAGCGUAGCAAGUCUGAUAAGGCGAUAUCGGUGAAGGCGAAAGAUGAGGAGAACAAGACUGUCCUCCGCAGGUCGGAGACUGAGAAGCUGCGACCAAGUGCCGAGGAAAAUGAGUUUCUGAGUAUGUCAGAUGAAGAACUGAAUAGAAGGAUCGAGGAGUUCAUUCAGAAAUUUAACAGGCAAAUUCGGGCUUCAAGGGAUCAGUACUAGAAACCUGGAACCAUAUUUUCGAAGUAAAUUUGAGGGCUUCAAAACAUUUCGCUGUUUUGUUUUGUAUGCUUCUGUCUUUGUUUCUCUUGUAAAAGUUUCGAACUUUUGUAAGGACCGCUAUGGCGCUAUGUCUAUAUCAAAAAAAAUUUCCUUCUAUGCUUAAAA